AGUGUGAUCCAGGUCCGAGGCCCUGUUUUGAUCCAACCCUUUACCCUGUCUGUGUAUUUACCUGUCUACAGGGUCACCUGGUGCCGUCUGAUGAGAUCACAGUGUACUACAGCUGUGAGCCUGCAGGUGAUUACCUGGAUAAUGUGAUCCAAGCCCACACGGACUUCAUCCUGGCAACCACCAAAGCACCACUCAAGACCUACCCCGUCCCCAAGGGCUCAAGCGUCAUCGUGCAGGAGAAAACACAGUUGAAGGGUUCGGACCUGGACCUGACCAUAGUGAAGGGAGCAGCCGCUUCUCGAGCUCCUCUGACUGGACCAGCCUGUGCCUACAUCAACCUCCAACUCAAACUCAACAACAAGGAACAAGAGGGUGUGGCUCUCCUGGAGAAUCCUAAAGGAGAUCUCUGUCUGGACAUGUUUAAGCUGAGACAGAUCUGCUCCAGUCUCUUUGGUCUCAACAACACCAAGCUCUGUGUUUUCAACGGCAAGACUGAGUUGACUGGUAAGUGUGAUCUGCUGUCUCUGAAUGGGAAGACCCUGUCGGUGACAUCAGGCUCCAGUCCCAGUGACUCGUCUCCCAACUCGGACUCUCUGUUGUGCCCCUUCGUCAACCUCCAACUGGUCAACUGUCAGCCUGCUGAGUGUCAGAGUGGAGAUGUGGGGACCCUGCUGCUGGUCAAUCCUGUCGGACACGACUGCCUGACCCACAAUGCUUUGCUGUCUGAGACGGCCAAGUUGUUCGGCCUCCGCGGCCGUAGGCUGAAGCUCUACGUGGACGAUGCGCUCACCCAAGAAAUCCCAGCAGAGUGGUCAGUGAAGAUGCUGGACAGGAAGACUCUGUAUGUUGGAGUUCUGCCCACCACUGCAGAGGCAUAGGACCGGGAACAGCCAGGCUGAAGAAGAGAGAGAGGCUGUGUCCCAAAUGGUAUCCUAUUCCUUGUAUAGUGCACUACUGUUGACAAGGGCCCAAUGGCGCUUUGAGCAAAGCUAGUGCACUACUGUUGACAAGGUCCCAAUGGCGCUCUGAGCAAAACUAGUGCACUAUAGAAGAAUUGGGUGCCAUUUCAGAAACAACCAGAGAGAACGUCUAGCUUCAAACUUCAACGAAAACCCAACAUUUUGAUAUUAAAGUGUUUCUGCUGCUCUGUAUUCCCCCCGUAAACUCUUUCACUGUCCGAUUCAUCCUGUAGUCCAAUCUCCAGUGACUAUCCUAUGGGCUUUAACACGAGUUUAUUAGUUAACCUCAACCUACUCUGUACCAAAUAGUGUUGACGAACCAGCUCUGUUUGCAGACAGUACAGUGGAUUAUUCUGUGGGUAAGAAGUAACAUUCAGUAGUGUCUACCUUCUUUUUUCCCCCCAAGUGUCUGUUGUAAACAAACGUUUCAGAACAACAAUAAAAGAGAAAGUGCUAUUUUUGGUGAAAUAAAUAAAGGAACAAUGGAAUAAAAGUGAAACCACAAUGGAGAAAUUA